AUGUUCAUAGUUUUUGGAACCACCCAGGUGAAUUAAAGUUUAUGUUUACGUUUUCAUGACCCUUUCUGGUUCUGUUCUUGGCUUCUAAGAAAAUGACACAUUAGGGACGCGGGUGGCGCUGUGGGUUAAACCACAGAGCCUAGGACUUGCCGAUCAGAAGGUCGGCGGUUCGAAUCCCCGCGACGGGGUGAGCUCCCGUUGCUCGGUCCCAGCUCCUGCCCACCUAGCAGUUCGAAAGCACGUCAAAGUGCAAGUAGAUAAAUAGGUACCGCUCCGGCGGGAAGGUAAACGGCGUUUCUGUGCACUGCUCUGGUUCGCCAGAAGCGGCUUAGUCAUGCUGGCCACAUGACCCGGAAGCUGUACGCCGGCUCCCUCAGUCAAUAAAGCGAGAUGAGCGCCGCAACCCCAGAGUCGGUCACGACUGGACCUAAUGGUCAGGGGUCCCUUUACCUUUUACACACACACACACACACACACACACACACACACACGUAUAUAGUGAGAUUUAUGUCUGUUUAUUUUGGGGGAGCAUCAGCUGCCUCAGGAGCAUCUUUGAGGUCCAAAAGUCAGGGUAGAAUGAAAUCAUUUUGCAAGCAUAAGAACAUAAGAGGAGCCGUCUGAUUCAGGCUAAUGAUCAGACUGUCUUGCCAGAGUGGUGCAUGCUCUAGUUAUCUCCCGCUUGGACUCCUGCAAUGCGCUCUACGUGGGGCUACCUUUGAAGGUGACCCGGAAACUACAACCAAUCCAAAAUGCGGCAGCUAGACUGGUGACUGGGGGCGGCCGCCGAGACCAUAUAACACCGGUCCUGAAAGACCUACAUUGGCUCCCAGUACGUCUCUGAGCACAAUUCAAAGUGUUGAUGCUGACCUUUAAAGCCCUAAAUGGCCUUGGCCCAGUAUACCUGAAGGAGCGUCUCCACCCCCAUCGUUCAGCCGGACACAAGUUCAGCACUGAGGGCCUUCUGGCAGUUCCCUCAUUGCAAGGUUACAGGGAACCAGGCAGAGGGCCUUCUCGGUGGUGGCACCCACCCUGUGGAACGCCUUCCUACCAGAUGUCAAGGAAAUAAACAACUGUCUGACUUUUAGAAGACAUCUGAAGGUAGCCCCAUUUAGGGAAGUUUUUAAUGUUUGAUGUUUUAUCGUGUUUAAUAUUGGGAGCCACAAAGAGUGGCUGGGGAAACCCAGCCAGAUGGGCAGGGUAUAAAUUUAUUAUUAUUAUUAUUAUUAUUAUUAUUAUUAUUAUUAUUAUUAAUGGCCCACCUAGUCCAGCAUCCUGUUCUCACAGUGGCCAACCAGAUGUUCCAAUUGGAAGCCCACAAGCAGAACCCAAACUUGUGAUUCCCAGAAACAGGAAUUCAGGACAUUACUUCCUCUGAUGGUGGAAAGAGAAUGUGGUGAUUGUGGCCAGCAGCAAUUGACAGGCGUAUCUGCCAAGAAUGUGUCCAAACCUUUUUAAAGCCAUCCAAGUUGGUGGCCAACAUUAUCCAUCCUUUUGAUGCUCCACCCCAUAUCUGGCCAUCCUCGAAGCACGAAUUAUAACUGCACCUCCCUUCCACCCACACUCGUAAGAAAUCAGUUGUUUACUUUUUCAGCACCCUGCAUAAAACCUUUUUUGUUUCGUUUAGGCAAGCUUAUCCAGAUGUGCUUUAUCUCUUUUUUAGCUGCUUUUGACGUUAAAUGAUCUUUUAAACGAUUUUAAGUACAGUGGUGCCCCGCAAGACGAAUGCCUCGCAAGACGAAAAACUCGCUAGACGAAAGGGUUUUGUGGUUUUUGAGCUGCUUCGCAAGACGAAUUUCCCUAUGGGCUUGCUUCGCAAGAUGAAAACGUCUUGCAUUUUUUGCAAGUUUGUUUCCUUUUUCUUAACACCGUUAAUACAGUUGCGACUUGACUUCGAGGAGCAACUCAUAGAACACGGUGUGGUAGCCUUUUUUGAGGUUUUUGGCGAUUUUUGAAGCUUUUCCAAAACUUUUCCGACAUCGUGCUUCGCAAGACGAAAAAUUUGCUAGACGAAAAAACUCGCGGAACGAAUUAAUUUCGUCUUACGAGGCACCACUGUACCUAUUUUUCAGCUGGAAUCUUAUCAAUGAUUUUAACAUUUUGCUUUAUAUUUUUCUAAACAGCUUAGAGGUUUUGUUUGUUCACAAUCAUGCAGCAUUUUGUUAAAUAAAAGGUGAUCAUUGUAACAGAGGAGAUUUUCUCACCACUGACAACAGGGUUCUGAGGUUGAUCGUUGGUGACCCCCCCCCUGCCUCAAAUCAAGGGCUGCAAACACACCAUAAAGAGGGGAUGCGGGUGGCGCUGUGGUCUAAACCCCUGAGCCUCUUGGGCUUGCCGAUCAGAAGGUCAGCGGUUCGAAUCCCCGCAACGGGGUGAGCUCGUGUUGCUCUGUCCCAACCUAGCAGUUUGAAAGCACACCAGCACAAGUAGAUAAACAGGUACCGCUGUGGCAGGAAGGUAAACAGUAUUUCUGUGCACUCUGGUUUCCGUCACGGGGUCCCAUUGCACCAGAAGCGGUUUAGUCCUGCUGGCCACAUGACCCGGAAAGCUGUCUGUGGACAAACGCCAGCUCCCUUGGCCUGAAAGCAAGAUGAGCGCCGCAACCCCAUAGUCGCCUUUGACUGGACUUAACCGUCCAGGGGUCCUUUACCUUUUUUUUUUUUUACAGUAAAGCAUACCUUUGACACAUAAACAGAUCCCUGGAAGCUGUUAUUUGACCCUCAGAGAACUAUGGUUCCCAGCACCUUUAACACACCGGAAUCAGGGGGGCUGUGUGCUUUCAACUCUCCCUUCACUUUCAUCUGCAGCUGCCCAUAUAUGUUGGAGCUUUGGGUGAAUCUCAGCUUUCAGAAGUGGGGUUUGCAUGAGUUGACCAAUCAGGGACUGCUCGAUUCCCUGCCUCUACCUGUCUCUGUCUGUCUGUCCGUCUCUCUCUCUCUCUCACACACACACACCUGAAGAUGAGAGGUCUCAUCUUCUGAGGGAACAGAGGAGCAAGCACAGCCGCCUUCCUUUUUUCUCUAGCCCUGUUAGUUUGAAUAGAACAAGAAAUAAUAAUAAUAAUAAAUUUUAUUUAUAUCCCGCCCUCCCCAGCCGAAGCCGGGCUCAGGGCGGCUAACAAAUCAUUUUCUUUUCAAUGAAGAUGAUGGAUUUUUCGGAGCUAGCUGACCUGACCGGAAGAGUCCGCGGCCAGAAGGAGGAGGAGCACCAAGACGAAUGGAAGAAAUUCAAAGAUUAUUUAGUCAAAUAUGUUAAGAUACAGUGGUAUCUCUGGUUAAGUACUUAAUUCGUUCCGGAGGUCCGUUCUUAACCUGAAACUGUUCUUAGCCUGAAGCACCACUUUAGCUAAUGGGGCCUCCCGCUGCUGCCGCACCACCGGAGCACGAUUUCUGUUCUCAUCCUGAAGCAAAGUUCUUAACCCGAGGUAAUAUUUCUGUGUUAGCGGAGUCUGUAACCUGAAGCGUAUGUAACCCAAGGUACCACUGUAACUUAAAUAGAAUUACCGGUACUUGCGAGUAUCAGAUUGGCCUAGGAUUUAAAUAUGUGAUGCUGUAGAACACUAUGGAUAAAAGUCAAAAUGAAAAGAAAGAAAGAUGUUAAUGGACCAAGUAAAUUUAUGUGAAACUAGUUGCGGAAAACUGCCACAAUGAUUUAUAUGGAAACUCAGCCAGGGGGAUUCGAGGAAGUCACCCAACAAUAACAAAAGUGGAUUUUUUUUACAGUUUGGAUAUAUGUUGUUUGCUUGUUUUUCAAUGUUUUCUUUUUUUGUUUGUGGAUAUGUUUGUUACAAAUUUGGAAAACUAAUAAAAAAAGAAAAUAAAUCAUUUUCUAUUCAGGCUGGCUAUUUCCUGCAACAAACAACAUUAUGAUUUCCUCACCGGCAAGCCUUCCUGUCUGCCUGUGUUUGCAACAGGUAAAGUCUACUCUCUAAAACCGAGAUUGCCUAGCCCUGACCGAAAGGGCUUCCAUAGGUAAUUGACCCAGAUUAUCCCAUUUAUACGCCCUUGUUGGGGGAGCGGGGACUCCUCCUACUGGACGGUUCUGGGAGCUGUCACCUCUCACCUAGUUUCAAAGUCCAGGCAACCACUGCAAUGAGCAAAGCGCACUGAAAGUUUUGCAAGGCGGUGCUGCGAUUCGUACAGAUGUUGCAAUGUCCCACCCCCAGUUGUUGCUCCUGGGAAGCUGUGGGAAACUCCCUGGCUGAGCGCCUCCCCUUCCACCCAUCACAUGCCUCUGGCAAUUAGCUAUUUUAGAAGAUUUCAGGCGCGUCAGCUGAGCACAGGACUCUUCCGGGGCCAAGAGGAAGAAUCAUAAAGAGCAGGUAAGGCUGGUGGGGUAUUGUGCUGGGACAGGGGCAGCUUAAUGGAACUCACUGGGAGACCUUGGGGACCAGCCUCUGUCUCUCAGCAUAACCUACCUUUCAGGGUUGUUGGGAAGAGAAAAUGGAGAGGGGGAGAACCUCUUCCUUCCAUGGGAAUCUGGGAUAGAAACUGUAAUGGCAGCCCAGAAAAUAAUAUGGUGAGAUGUAAUUGUGCUAAAUAGGUACAUAGAAAUGGGACGACAUUUCAGUGGCGUCCGAGAGAACCAGGAGGGUUAGCCUAAGCUUGGAAGAACUUUUUGUGCCUAUUUAACAAUGGAAAAAAACAGGAUUUCCCCAGAUCUGUCCCAAAGAGGCACUUUGCAGAUUGGUGGUGUGGGUCUGUGCCUGAGAUCUUUGAAACGUCUAGCAACGCCCUUAAUGGGGGUUGUGUUUUACCAGGCAUGCGGGGGUGCGGGGGGGUGCAAACUAGAGCAGUCCCCGAUACUGCACAAGCAUCCUUCGAUCUUUGUAUCAUCACUCAUGUCUCAGGAACAUCCAGUUUAAGACUACAGUACUGCAACUCAGCCUAGAGAUGUGAUGUCUUUGAACCACAUUUGGAGAAAAUGGAAGCCGGUUGCAGGAUUCCCCUGCUAGGUUGAAGUAACUGGAAUAUAAUAUCAUCCUGGUUUCCACUGAGGUGACCAGCUCCCACCAUCGGUUGCUGAGCCCAAUUCAAAGGGUUGGUUGGGUUUUCAACUUUUAAAACCAUAAAUUAGUGCAGAAAUUGGGAAGAUCCUCGCUCUCUUAUGCCUAAUUCCUUAGAUCAGGGGAAAUAAUAGGACCACUGUAUUCUGCCUUGGUCAGAUCCUACCUGGAGUCCUGUGUCCCGUUCUGGGCAGCUCAGUUUGAGAAGGAUAUCGACAAACUGGUCUUGAAUCGAGCUUUAUAAGGAACACUUGAGGGAGCUGGGGAUGUUUAAACUGGAGAAGAGAAGACUUGAGGAGUGGUAGGCUAGCCACCAUAAAAUAUCUGAAGGGCUGUCAUAAAAUCAAGUUUGGGCAGGACUCAAACUAAUGGAUUCAAAUGACCAUAAAGGAGAAUCCAUGUAAACAUUAGGAUGAACCUCCUGACAGUAAGAGCAGUUUGACGAGUGGAACUGACAACCUCAGAAGAUGGUUGCGGGUUUUUAAGCAGAGAUUGGAUGGCCAUCUGUCAGGAAUUCUUCAGCUGUGAUUCCUGCAUUGCAGGGGGUUGGACUAGAUGACCCUGAGGGUCCCUUCCAGCUCUAGAAUUCUAUGGUUCUAUGAAUAUAUUAUCAUCUCCUAUCCCCUUCCCCAUCUUCCCACUAUCUGAUGUUUGCUGAGUGUCGUAUGUGGGUUGAGGGUCUUUCAAGUGGUGGCAUGGGACCCUUGGGAUGAACUACUAGAUCAGUUCAUUGAAGUUCACAGAGUUAGGUCAGGAAUCUCUGAACUACACCCGAAAGUGGUUUCCAUAAUUGCCUGGUGAACUUAGCACGUAUUAAAUUCAUUUUAGGGCAGAACUUUGAAGGAUUUCCAGUUCAAAUUCAUUCUUUCACAUUUCUGGCUCUUUACACUCUUUCGAACCUUGAACCUUAAAGAUCAGAACUGCUGCUCAGACGUUUCAUUAGUCCUAUGUGAAAUCCAUACUUUGGCACAGCAGCUUAGAACAUUCUGAAUGGCUUGCACCCUUUUCUUGCUACAGCCAGGAUGGGGAACCUGCAGCCCUCCAGAUGUUACUGGACUCCAACUCCCAUCAGAACCAGUCAGAAUAGCCAGUGACCAGGGCUGAUAGGAACCGUUGACUUAACAACAUCUGGAGGACCACAGGUUCAGGUUCUCUGUCCCUGAUCCACACCUCAGGACUUGAAUACAGGUGUGGCAAGCCUUUGUCCCUCCAGAUGUUGUUGAACUACAAUUCCCAUCAGCCCUGGCAAGCAUGGCCAAUGAUCAAGGAUGAUGGGAUUUGUAGCAUCUGGAGGGACAAAGGUUUCCCCUACAACUUAGCACAGUGUUUCUUAAGCUUGGGUCUCCAGCUCUUGUUGGACUACAUCAGCCCAGCUAGCAAGACCAGUGGUCAGGGAUGAUGGGAGUUGCAGUCCAGCAACAGCUGGAGACCUAAGUUUGAGAAACACUGUUUAGUACAGUGGUACCUCGGGUUACAUACACUUCAGGUUACAUACGCUUCAGGUUACAGACUCCGCUAACCCAGAAAUAGUGCUUCUGGUUAAGAACUUUGCUUCAGGAUGAGAACAGAAAUUGUGCUCUGGCAGUGCGGCGGCAGCAGGAGGCCCCAUUAGCUAAAGUGGUGCUUCAGGUUAAGAACAGUUUCAGGUUAAGAACAGACCUCCGGAACGAAUUAAGUACUUAACCUGAGGUACCACUGUAUAAGACUUUGGUAGCAUGAGCAAAAGCUUGUGCUAUAAGAAAUUUGCCUGUUUUUAAGGUGCCCACAAGACUAUUGUUUUCACAGCAUGGUUUAGACUUUGCUCUUUUGGGAAAUGGGCUGCUAGUUAACCUGAGGACAGAUGUGGCGAACCUUUGCUCCUCCAGAAGCUGCUGAACUUUCAUCAUCCUGGCACGCAUUGGACAAUGACCAGGGAUGAUGAUGAGUUGUUGCUGCAGAGCUACACAUGGAGGGACAAAUGUCCUCCACCCCUGCUCUCCCUAAUAGUAGGGCUGGCCAGAAUAGAAAUAUGCCUGUAAGCUUUCGUAUGCACCAGGGAUGGGGAAAGAGUGGCCCUCCUGUUGUUGUUGGACUCCAACUCCCAUCAGCCCCAGCAAGCAUGACCAAUGGCCAAGGAGGAUGGGAGUUGUGGUUGAGCAACACCUGCAGGUCCAAAGGUCUAUCUCAAGCAUUCCUGUUUGUUUUGUCUUAUUUCUGGUGGCUGAGCCGCCUUGUGGGUCCUGGAGAAUGACAAGGCAAGGGGACAUGGCGGGUAUGGAAGGCACAUUCUGGAAGGACGCCCUGGACCUAAUUAUUCCCCCGCCGCAAAGAUGCGUGGGUGCCUUUCAGAUCCUUGCAGCCGACUCAUUCCAUCAGAAGCUAUCAUUACCUUCCUAUCCCGCAAGGGACUGAUGCAAGGUGCGCCACAGGUUGUUAGCAGCCAAUUGUGUAAUGAGGAACAGGCUGCUUUACUCGUAAGUGGGUGGGUAGGUGGAUUUGGGCUCGAGGUCCAAUGAAGGGAGGGGUGUCCACUAAUUCCACAAGCCUGUUGACCAUCCUUGAAUCCUUUCCAGGUCCUCCGCCGAAUGCAAGACCUUGCCCUUCGCUGAAACGUAGGCAUAGGGAAUCUUUGUCAAUAUUCUGGGGGCCUCCUGCUAAUGGUGGGCACGGCCAGAUGCAAAAAUAGACAGAGCAAUUAAUGUAAAUGUUUCAGGAGUCUAGUUUCUCUACACACACACACACACACACACACACACACAGCUCCCUAUCCUCGCAUCUAGACAAGCAAGGAGCAUGAGGAUGCACACACACAUUUUGGCAGGCUUGGGGGAACCCCAAGGAGUGCAAAUAAUAUUUAGGGGAGGCACGAAGCCUUGGUGGGGCAGCCCCCAAAACAGACCAGUGAGGACUGAGCAUGCUCAGCUGCCAUGGGAUGGUGGCUGACUGGUGGGGGUGGGGGGUGGGGAGAAGGAAUGGAGAAUGGAGAGGAGGGAUAAUGGAUUGGAGUGUCUGGAAUAUUGAAGCACAGAGCACCACGCUGCAACACUUGGUUGCAGUCCUCACUUGCAGCACUUACUUAUUAUGUGCAAGGUGUGUUACAAAAAAAGUACCGAACUGGUUUGACAGGUCCCUGAUGCUAAGAUGUAUAAGACUUUAUCAGAUAAGUGCUGGAGAUGCAAAGAGGCAGAGGGAACAUUCUUUCAUAUGUGGUGGAAUUGGAAAAGGGUAAAAGAGUAUUGGGAAAUGAUCCAUAAUGAAUUGAAAAAAAUGUUUAAAAGUACUCCCCCCCCCAAAAAAAACCCCAGAGUCCUUUCUGUUGGGGACAAGUCAGACUGAAGUUCCCAGGUGUCAAAAAAUGUUAUUUAUGUAUGCCACUACUGCAGCCCGUGUUUCGUUAGCCCAAAAAUUGAAAAUGAGUGAGGUCCCAACCAAAGAAGAAUGGCAACUUAAGCCAACAGAGUGUGCACAACUUGCAGACUUAACGUAUAGAAUAAGAGAACAAGAAGAAUACACAUCUAGAAACGUUUAUUGAAUAAAUGGGGGGAAACUGUACAGGUGGAAACAGUGGCAGCAUUAAGAUAAAUUCAACAGUGUAAAUAAGUUUUGAUGGAUGCAAUAAUGGAAUACUGAAUGGUAUCGUUUUUGUAAAAUAUGCAGGGAUUUACGAUAUGCAAAAUGAACCAUGGAAAGAGAAGAAGGGAAGUCGCUGGUAUCUUGAGGAUGUAAAAACGAGUACUUUAAAUUGUAAAACAGAAAAUUUAAUUAAAAGAUUAUUUUUAUAAAAAACAAAACAUACAAACCAAGAUAGGUCCCUGCUCCGAAGUGGCUUACGGUGUAAAAUAUGCACAGGAAAACAACAUAGUUGGAUACCAGUGGCUCAGAAAUAACAGCAGGAGAGAGUUAGGGUAAGGUUACCAGAUUUUUUCCAAUGAAUCCGGGGACACUUUUCAACUUCAAUGGAUUUUGUAUGUGGACUUAUUUGUAAAUCCAGGGACUGUUCCCCGGGAAACGGGGACGUCUGGUAACCUUAAGCUAGGGACCUCAUCACCAGCUUGUGGGCUUCUGAGAAAGACAUCCAGUUGACCCCUGGGGGGAAACAGGAUGCUGGACUAGAUAGUCUAAUCCAGCAGGGCUCUUUUGUUGUUUCAUUUGUAGAUCCCUUCGAUGCCAAAAUGGUUUCUGAGUAGUAAAGGUAACGGGACCCCUGACCAUUAGGUCCAGUCGUGACCGACUCUGGGGUUGCGGCGCUCAUCUCGCUUUAUUGGCCGAUGGAGCCGGUGUACAGCUUCUGGGUCAUGUGGCCAGCAUGACUAAGCCGCUUCUGGAGAACCAGAGCAGCGCACAGAAACUCCGCUUACCUUCCCGCCAGAGCAGUACCUAUUUAUCUACUUGCACUUUAAUAGUAAUAAUAAUAAUUUUUAUUUAUACCCCGCCCUCCCCAGCCAAGGCCGGGCUCAGAGCGGCUUACAAGCAAUAAUAAAAACAAGUUAAAUGAUUGCAACUUAAAAACAAAAUUAAAAAUACAACAUUAAAAUAUUGAAACAUUAAAAUAUUAAAAUGUAGUCUCAUCGCGGGAGGAGAAGGAAAAGAAAAAAGAAAGAGAGGGAGGGAAUCAAAUUUGACGUGCUUUUGAACUGCUAGGUUGGCAGGAGCAGGGACCGAGCAACGGGAGCUCACCCCGUCGUGGGGAUUCAAACAGCCGACCUUCUGAUCGGCAAGUCUUAGGCUCUGUGGUUUAACCCACAGCGCCACCCGCCUCCCCUGGUUUCUGAGUAAGUUUGCGAUAAAAUAUGCAAUAUAUUGUGUUUGAUUUCCCCCUCUUCCUGUCCCCUUCCCCUUGUGUGUUGUUGUUUUUUAAGAUUGUUACUCUGCAGGCAGGGCCUGCCUUGUUUUAAUAAUUUAAUUGCAUGUGAGUCGGUCUGGGGACUUUUUUUUUGGCUGAACAGUGGGGUGCAAAUGCUCUCAGUAAAUGCAUACAGCGGUACCUCGGGUUACAGACGCUUCAGGUUACAGACUCCGCUAACCCAGAAAUAGUACCUCGGGUUAAGAACUUUGCUUCAGGAUGAGAACAGAAAUUGCACAGCGGCAGCGGGAGGCCCCAUUAGCUAAAGUGAUGCUUCAGGUUAAGAACAGUUUCAGGUUAAGAACGGACCUCCAGAACGAAUUAAGUUCUUAACCUGAGGUACCACUGUAUUGUAAUAAUUUUAAUGAUUGCGUUACUGAGCCUUGUUUGAUUGGAUAUGAUUUUGCUUUUACAGUGGUACCUUGGGUUAUAGACGCUUCAGGUUACAGACUCCGCUAACCCAGAAAUAGUACCUCGGGUUAAGAACUUUGGUUCAGGAUGAGAACAGAAAUCAUGCUCCAGCGGCACGGCGGCAGCGGGAGGCCCCAUUAGCUAAAGUGGUGCUUCAGGUUAAGAACAGUUUCAGGUUAAGAACAGACCUCUGGAACGAAUUACGUUCUUAACCUGAGGUACCACCACUGUAUAUGUAUAAUUAAAAUUAAAUUCAAACAUUAAAACAUCCUUAAUAAAAAUAUACAGUGAAAUAAACAAACAAGAGGCCUAACAGUUAGAAUGGUUUCUUUAAAAUCAGUUGGAACAAUGAAAUCACAAGUGCAGUUCAGGGGAACGCUUGUCUAAACAGGUAUGUCUUCAAGAGCAAUGACGGGGCAUCUAAUAUUCCAGCAUGGAUUAGAGAAACUGUCCUGUGUGUUUGUGUAGCACGGGUGGAGGAAGCAGGGCUGAACAGGCCACAUUUUGUUAGGACAAGGUUCACCUGCCCACAGCCAUCUACCAACCAUCCACCCAUCUCGGUCAUGCCACUUAUGUCCCUGAGGGAAACAAAAUAUCAUUAUGAGGUUACACAACUGCAUUGCCCAAUUGCUCCCGUGUUGGAUCAGGUGAUGGAGCAAAAAAAAGCUCCAAGGCACAAAAGAUGGACAGAUGUCCAGGUCAGAUAAGACAAGCUCACAUUUGCUUGAUGCCAUAGAUGGAGACGAUGAUAGGUGUACUUUGAAGUUCAAGUCAAGGGGGAGAGUCAUCCCCACAUAUAUGAUGGGAUGCCCUGAAAGCAGCUAUGCAAGGUGGGAAUGGCUAAGAUUUUAAAACAUCGAAAUAUUUAAAAAGAGCGUAAGAAAAGCUGGAGACAUUUAGCCCAGCAUCCUGUCCUCACAGUGGCCAAACAGAUGGGAAGUCCACAAGCAGAACCACCAUAGCACUCUGCCCACCUGCAGUUACCUGCAGGUUCACCUGAGAGCUCUUCUGGGGCUGGUUCCCUUUCUGCUUCAGAGUCUUCAUCCUCAUCCGCUGAAGAUGAGGAAUCUGACCCCCAUGGUCAUGACACUGGGGAUCUCAAAGCUGAAAUACGGCAAAUCCAACAGCUUUUUUGGGUGCAUGCUAUGUUUGGAUAGAUCCUUGCGCCACAUUUAGAAUGGAUUCUUUUUAUGACUUUGGGGAAGAGGCUCCUAUUCUACACAAACGGAAGAAUCCUAGAAUCACAAUAAUGCUAACAUCUGGCAGAAACCUAGAAUACAUAGCUGUCAACGUUUCCCUUUUUUUAAGGGAAAUUCCCUAAUUCCGAAUAGGAUUCCUUGCAAGAAAAGGGAAAAGUUGACAGCUAUGCUAGAAUAAUAUAGACCCAUAUAUUUACUUAAUCGGAAUCAAAAGGAGAUUACUGCUAUUCUCACCUCUAGACUGAAUAACAUUAGCACUAGUAUCAUCAGCCCAGAUGAUACCAGGGUGUCAUAUAUCAUUGGAUCUAGCCCACAGAUUUCUGAAUAGUAGGAUAGCAGAGCAAAAGGAAUAGUAACCAGUUGGUUUUGAUCAUGCUGGACUUGCAUAAAGCAUUUGACCAGCUGGAGUGGCUGUUGCGUCUAAAUUUUCUGAAAUUGCCUCACCUGAGAAAUAAAUUUGUGGGUGCUAUUACAAAAUCUUAUAGUACCUCAAGGGCAGUGCUGAGAAACAAUUAUUUUAAUUUCUCUUUGUCUGAACUUCACACAGCUGCAAAUUUAGUUUGUAUCAUUGAAAGUGGAUGUGGCAUUCUUGCAGAACAAGCUAAUUUCUACCACCCCAAGCCCAUAAACCGAUGGCAAAUUGCACAGGGGAGUGUGGACUAAUAGGAACAUCUGUGUAAACAUCUCAGAGCGUUUACUCACUAAACAGUUACGUCAUAUAACCUUCAUGCAAACUUUGUAGAACAACUUGGGAUAAGCAUUCAAUAAACAAGUCAUCUGGGAGAGUCCCUGUCUGAUUAAUAAUAAUAAUAGUAAUGAUAAUAAUAAUUGAUUUGUACCCUGCCCAUCUGGGCUGCCCCAGCCACUCUGGGGAGCUUUCAACAUAUAAAACAUAAUAAAGCAUGAUGAUGUUUUCUUUUGUUUGAUUUGAAUGGGAUAGUAGUGUUUGUUUUCUUCUAUUUUGGACCCUUAAUGAGAGAUAAUAUUACAUCAGCUGUUGUGUCAUUUUCCUUGUUUGGGUGUUUUCUCUCGUACUGAGUUGUUGCUUCUGUUGGACACAUGCAAAUAACUGUACUUCUUGGUAAGGGAGGGCAGUGGCAGAACAUCUGCCUUGCAUGUCGAAGGCCCAAGGUUUGAUCCCCAGCAUUUCAAGGUAGAACAGGGGAUGCUGCCAUCAGAGUAGAAAGGAAUGCUCUUAGCUGCAUCUCAUGGACCCAGAGGCAAAGGAUGUAUAAGAGCAGAAGUUUUGAAAGGCAGUGUGUGUGUCAGGAGCUCGGCCUACACUUGAGUAGGACCCUGGCAGAGACACAUGCCCGACUGGCAUGUUCUCUCCCUUCUGGUCGAUCGUUCGGGAGCUUCAAAAGCUUUCUUGUUCCCAAACAUCACAGCGACCAAUGCCAACCAACACUGGCACACUUAGGGAUCCGCAGAGUUUGUGCAGUUGCGUAACGGACCUCAGCAACUCAGCCUUUUGGCUAAUCUACUUUAUUUAUAUAUAAACACACACGGAGCACUGCAACAUGGCUUCCUCUCUCUCUAGCAUCAGAAAGCAAAGAGAGAAAGAACAAAGGAGAAUAGUCCCACUUCAAGGAACACAGUAACACAACAUCCUGUUUUCGUCACUUCCCACUCUGUGGAGUCAAAACAUAUACCGUCAUGUGAAAGACAACAAUCCCAUGACUGCAAUCACGGAGCAGGAAUUCUAACAGUGUGGUGUCAUGGUCAGAAUGCUGGACGAGGACUGGAAUGCCAGGGUUCAGAAAAGAAAGAUAUUUGCCUAAGCACUGAAAGGGCGUUAAAGGAACUGCCAGAUAGGGAACCAGGAACAGGCAGAGUACUGUUGCAUUCAUGUCCUGCUUUGGCGCAUCCCUUGGGGAAACCUGGUUGGUCAAUGUGACAACAGGAUAGGUGCACCCUGAUUAAGUAGGCCUCUCCUUUAUGCUCUUACGAUAUGUGUUGACUUUUAUACAGGCAGCCUGUUCUAGGACGGGGUGAAAGGGAGGUGCAUUUUUUUAAUCCAUGUUUGGGAGGAUCACCAGAUGUGGGGUGGAGUGUCAAAAGGACAUGCAACGAUGGCCACCAACUCGGACAGCUGUAAAAGUGGAUUAAAGAUAUUUAAGGAGGACAAGGCUAUCUUAUGAACUGAUCCACACCCUGCAAUCAUCCUCUGAGGCCUUUCAUUGUGUGUCUCCUCUGCGAGAGGUGGCAACACGAGAACAGGGCCUUUUCUGCAGUGGCUCCCUGUUUGCAUAAUACUCCCCCAAAGGAGGCCCUUGCCUUGUACUUUCAUUACAUAUCUUUAGGUGCCAGGCAAAAAAUGUUCCUCUACAACAAGGCCUUUGGCUGAUUAACAUUCUAUGGUCUUUUAAAUGUGUUUGUAUGGGGUGUGUGUGGUGUUAUUGGUUUGUUUUUGUUUUAUUAUAUAUAGUGCGUGUUCUCAUUUUGUAUUUUUAUGUUGUGAGCUGCCCUGUGAUCUUCGGACAAAGGGCUGCGUACAAUUUUAAUUAAUUAAUAAUGGACGCGGGUGGCGCUGUGGGUUAAACCACAGAGCCUAGGACUUGCCGAUCAGAAGGUCGGCGGUUCGAAUCCCCGUGACGGGGUGAGCUCCCGUUGCUUGGUCUCUGCUCCUGCCCACCUAGCAGUUCGAAAGCACGUCAAAGUGCAAGUAGAUAAAUAGGUACCACUCCGGCGGGAAGGUAAACAGCGUUUCCGUGCGCUGCUCUGGUUUGCCAGAAGCGGCUUAGUCAUGCUGGGCACAUGACCCGGAAGCUGUACGCCGGCUCCCUCGGACCAUAGAGCGAGAUGAGCGUCGCAACACCAGAGUCGGCCACGACUGGACCUAAUGGUCAGGGGUCCCUUUACCUUUUAGCAGCCGCGAUGUCUGUGUUCUCCCGCCAGUGCCAGAGGCAGAAUGCAUUUGAAUGGCCGUUGUUGGGAACUGCAGGAAGGGAGAGUUGCUCAUGUGCUCAGGCCCUGCUUCUGGGGCAUUUAUCUGGUUGGCCGCUGUGAGAACAGGAUGCCGGACUAGGUGGGCCAUUAGCCUGACCCAGCAAGCUGUUACUACGUUUCAGUGGUCUGGUCAAGUUUUGGACAGACAAUGUUGUUGUAAGAUGCUCUGAUGGCUGCACAGAGUCCAUAGCAUGACAGGGUGGGACAGGAAUCUUCCUAAACUGGCUCCCGAAGGUCUUUUCCGACUCUUAAAAAUCCCUUUUUAAACAGGGACUGAAGCCUAGUGCUUUCUCCAGUGGCUUUUCUCCUCCACUCCAUCUUUAAUCUAGGCGAUUAGACACUGUAGAAAUGAGCAGGCACAUGGUGUGACCUCGUGACUUAUGCGGGACACAAAUGUUUUGCAAACCACGUUGCAUUUACUGGCACACGUGGGUGUGGGUGUGUGGGUGAUUGGAGCCAGAAUACAUCCCUUCGAUGUGCAGCGCAGGUUUCAUCAUCCUCAUCAUCACUCCUACCACGUGGUUAUGCCAGGAGACUACAGGUAAAUGCAAAACACUACUAAACCUUAGGGACACGGGUGGCGCUGUGGGUUAAACCACAGAGCCUAGGACUUGCCGGUCAGAAGGUCGGCGGUUCGAAUCCCUGUGACGGGGUGAGCUCCUGUUGCUCUGUCCCUGCUCCUGCCAACCUAGCAGUUCGAAAGCACAUCAAAGUGCAAGUAGAUAAAUAGGUACCACUCCGGCGGGAAGGUAAACAACAUUUCAGUGCGCUGCUCUGGUUCGCCAGAAGCGGCUUAGUCCUGCUGGCCACAUGACCUGGAAGCUGUACGCCGGCUCCCUCGGCCAAUAAAGCGAGAUGAACGCUGCAACCCCAGAGUCGGCCACGACUGGACCUAAUGGUCAGGGGUCCCUUUACCCUUUACCUUAUUGAUAAUGUUAAUAUUUCUUGGAAACCUCUUAGAGGUCAUACUACCACCAAGCAGUAUAUACAUUUUAUUAAAAUGAGUAAAUAAAAAAGGGAAACUAACAAUGGGUAUGAGGAGAGAUCUGUAACAAGAGACCUAGGCGUCUCUUGCUAUCUCCAUUCAGGAAUUUACCUUUUACGCUUCCCCCCUCCAGAAAUCUCAGGAUAGUAGGUUGGGAGUUUGAACCCUGGGCCUCCCUGGGCCUCGUCAAAUGCUCUAACCACUGCGUCACACUGUCACUUGGUAAGAGGCCUUUGUUGGUGGGCGUCAGGCAGAGAGGUCAGAGCUAGCAUUCCUUAAGCGCUCACUCAAGUCGAAAUACAGCCCGCGUUAAUAACAAAAAGCAAAACCCACCACCGUUCCUGAUCACCUUUCCAUUCUUUGUCUCUGCCUUGCAGGUGUGUUUGACUUUUGCCAUGGCUACUGAUGUCAAAGGAGAUGGCCAAGAGGCUCCACACACAACGGUAAGUGAAUAUCCACCAACGGCCGUGAAACAUGUGCUGCAAACAUGGCCCUGAAACAGAGGUAGUCCUAGCAGGAGGAAGGCAAAGGAGAGGGUUUGGGGAUCUCUUAAAGAUCAGCGAGAAAGGCAGAUCUGACCUGUGAGGGCAUGUAUAGUCCCUCUAGAAGUGCCUUGUUAAAAUACCCUUGCAACGAAUGCCGGUCUGUUGACAGGAGCAAGCCAGCAGAUCACACCAAGCAAUUUGGAGUUAACUCUUUAUUAGGAUCUGUGCAGGAGUGUCAAGGCCAAUGAUCACAGCAAGCCCAUCUCCAGCGGGUCUUGCCCCCAUGAAGCAGUUGCUGAGACUGAAGGUCCGCACCUCCCCAAAGCCAGGAUUUCCCCCAAGUGAUCUGAGACUGCCCCUGCAAGAAGCUAACUUCUCCGCACUCUUCAUGCCUCUACUGGUUCUAAGAGACCGGGGCGGGGAAGGGAGCUUGUCACAGCGGGACAGGGAGACACCCGAGACUCUUCACCAGCCUCUUGGCCUCUGGCUGGAUGCAGAAGAGCGGUGGGAGGAAUCAGCUGGGGAACCCCCCAAGGAAGCAGGCUCAGAGCCCAGGGAAUGGUGGUAGAACAAUGAUGAAUGGUCAGAAGGAGAAGAGGGAGCAGACUGGGAGGAAGAUCCGUCAGAAGCAGAAGAGGUAACAGGGUUUAGUGAGCAGGAAGAGGCUGUGACAGAGAGCAGUCCAGAAUUAGAGGCAGAAGAGGUGGGAUUCCAGGAGGCUGAGAUGAGGUGUGUUUGAGUCAGGCUGCUGAAGAAACCAGGUGGUUUCUCCCCCUCCUGCUUUGACCAGCUACCCUCCCUGCUGAUCUGUAAGUGCAACAAACCACCCUGUGAUUUUCAGAUGAAAUUGAAUAAAUUGAAUAAAUAAAUGGACCCUUCUUGACUUACGACUGUGCUAUAAAACUCUCAUUGUUCUCCACCCUCUUCCAGAAUGUCGUGACCAGAGUGACCAGCCUUCCCCUAGUCAGCUCCACCUACGACAUUUGCCACUCUCUGUAUAACUACGCCAAGGAGAAUUACCCGUUCAUCAAUUCUGCCUGCAGCGUGGCGGAGACAGUGGCAGCGAUGGCCGUUGGGAGUGCCGUUGGGGGCGCCCAACCGCUUCUCGGCCACCUCGAGCCCCAAAGUGAGUCCUUGAAUGCCACAGAAUGGGGGGAAGUUGUGGUGUGUAUGUAGGAGAACUCUUUGUGGAGUGCUAUAAUAAUAAUAAUUUAUUAUUUGUACCCCGCCCAUCUGGCUGGGUUUCCCCAGCCACUCUGGGCGGCUUCCACAGAGACCAAAAAUACACUAAAAUGUCACACAUUAAAAACUUCCCUGAACAGGGCUGCCUUAAGAUGUCUUCUGAAUUUCAGGUAGUUGUUUAUCUCUUUGACAUCUGAUGGGAGGGCGUUCCACAGGGCGGGUGCCACCACCGAGAAGGCCCUCUGCCUGGUUCCCUGUAGCUUUGCUUCUCGCAAUGAGGGAACCGCCAGAAGCCCCUCGGCGCUGGACCUCAGCGUCCGGGUAGAACGAUAGGGGUGGAGACGCUCCUUCAGGUAUACUGAACCGAGGCCGUUUAGGGCUUUAAAGGUCAACACCAACACUUUGAAUUGUGCUCGGAAACGUACUGGGAGCCAAUGUAGGUCUUUCAAGACUGGUGUUAUGUGGUCUCGGUGGCCACUCCCAGUCACCAGUCUAGCUGCCGCAUUCUGGAUUAGUUGUAGUUUCCGGGUCACUUACAAAGGUAGCCCCACGUAGAGCGCAUUGCAGGAGUCCAAGCGGGAGAUAACUAGAGGACACUAGUGCUGAAGGACACUUUUCCCCCUGUGGUUCUGCCUGCAUUGGGGGCAAGCAGAAUUUCAUCCAGAAGGCUGCUCCAGAUUCAGACCUGCCUCAGACCCCAUUUUACAGCUUCUGUCUUUGCAGCGCUGUGCUUUUGUCCCUGUCAGUUUGUCGCUCGCUGAUGUUUCCCGUGCUCCCUCCCUGAGAAGCAGACAAGAGAGCUGCACAGCCCACGCUUCCUGAAUCGAAAAGCAAAAGUCUUCCUUUAAAAGGCAGCCCAGCUGUGCUUAAAACACACUUUGCAAAACCUGAGCACUUGCGUUAAAGGAGAGCUCUUUGCACAGCCUCAACUCCCUCACAAACAAAUUGAGACCGACUUUGCUAAACCUGAGCUCAUGGGUGUAGCUGGGGGGGGGACAAUGGUACCCACCCGAGAGAUGCUGGAACCAAGUUCCGGCGAGUUCCAGUUGGGAAAAAAAGCCCUUGAGUAGGACGAGACCACAAGAAUCAUCUUGUCCAGCCUUUCUCAACUUUGGGUCCCCAGAUGUUGUUGGACUACAACUCCCCUCACCCCUAGAUAGCAAGGCCAGAGCUCAGGGAUGAUGGGAGUUGUAGUCCAACAACAUCUGGGGACCCACAGGUUGAGAAACACUGAAUUCUAAUCCAACCCCCUGCAAUUCAGGAAUCUUUCACCCAUAUGGGUCUCAAACCCACAGCCCUGAGAUUAAGAGUCUCACAGUCUACCAGCUGAACUAUAUCCCUCAGCGGAUAUAGAUUAUUGUUUUCCGUGGGGUUUUGAUCUUGGUUUUGUUAUUUUCCUGCCUUGGAAAUGUUUGCUUUUAAACGAUAAUAACUGUGUGUGUGUGUGUGUGUGUGUGUGUGUGUGUGUGUGUGUUUUAUAACACACUGAAUUUGUGUGAUCUGCCUUCUUUCCUUCUGCCAGUUGCUGCUGUGAACCAAUAUGCUUGCAAAGGGCUGGACCAGCUGGAAGAGACUCUCCCUAUCCUUCACCAGCCGGCCCAUCAGGUACAAGUACAAUAAUAGAAUCACAGAACUGCAGAGUUAGAAGGGACCCCGAGGGUCAUCUAGUCCAACCCCCUGCAGCGCAGGAAUAUUUUGCCCAGCGUUCCCCGCGAUUCUGAAACUGAAAAGUCUCACGCUCUGCUGAUUGAGUUAUCGUCCUAGGCAGGCCAGUUGUGGGUGGGGCCUACCCAUGGUUCUCCUCUGCAUUCAUCCUCACAACCACCCUGUGAGGUAGGCCAGGCUGAGAGGCAGCAACUGGCCACUCCAGGUGACCCAGUGAGCCUCAAGGCCAAGCGGGGAGAUUUGAACCCUGGUCACUCCCAUGUCCUCCUAGUCCCCUACACCACACUGGCUUUUUUAGCUGUUAUCAGUAUUUCUCCCAUUCAAAUUAGAUUGAAGUAGUCUGCACAUGGUUGGCGCUGUGGGUUAAACCCCAGAGCCUAGGACUUGCUGAUCAGAAGGUCGGUGGUUCGAAUCCCCGCAAUGACGGGGUGAGCUCCCGUUGCUCGGUCCCUGCUCCUGCCAACCUAGCAGUUUCAAAGCACGUCAAAGUGCAAGUAGAUAAGUAGGUACCGCUCCGGCGGGAAGGUAAAUGGCGUUUCCGUGCGCUGCUCUGGUUCGCCAGAAGUGGCUUAGUCAUGCUGGCCACAUGACCCAGAAGCUGUACCCGGCCAAUAAAGCAAGAUGAGCGCCACAACCCCAGAGUCGUCCGUGACUGGACUUAACGGUCAGGGGUCCCUUUACCUAGUCUGCACGCUGUAGUUUUCCCCUGACAAAGCUACAAUUCCCAGUAUACUUUAGCCAAUUACAGCUCUUGAGAUUCUUUGGUCACCAGCUUUAAAUGUUGUGCUUUAGAUCUAUGGUGCUGGUCUGCCCAGAGUUAAUAUGGUAUUAUUCAGCUCCUUUGCACUGCAAGUAAUGUGGUAUAGCUGUUAGAGAAUUGGGCAAGGACCAAGAGACCAGGGCUCAAAUCCUUGCUCAGCUAUGAAGCUCACUGGGUGACCAUGGACCAGUCAAAAUCUUUCAGCCUAACCUACCUCCCAGGGUUGUUGUGAAGAUGAAAUGGAGACAGGGAAACCAUGUACCUGACAGGAGCGAGCCAGCAAUAAAUCACACUGAGGAAGUUGGAGUUAACUCUUUAUUAGCAAAAAACAGGAUCUGCACAGGAGUGUCAGGCCUAAUGAGCACAGAGACCCAUCUCUGGCAAAUAUUGCCCCCAUGAAGCAGUUGCUGAGACUGGAAGUCCCUUCCUCUGCAGGGUUUCCCCCCAUGCAAUCUGAGACUGUGCCUGCAUGAAACUAAUUUCUCCCCUGCCCUCUUCAUGCCUCUCCUGGUGCUGGGAGACCAGAGGGAAGGGGAGCUUGUCGCAGCAGGACAGGGAGACACCCAUGCCUCUUCACCAGCUGAAGUAUUUCUCCUCUGCUGGUUCAGCUUCUGCCACUGAUUCUGCACUCCCUUGCUCACUAAGCCCUGUUGCCUCUUCCACUUCUGACACAUUUCCUCCCAGUCUUCCCCCUCUGGCCACUCAUUGUUGUCCCACCACCACUCCCUGGGCUCUGAGCCUUCUUCUCUUGAGGGUUCCCCAGCUGGUUCCUCCUACCAUUUCUUUGCAUCCAACAAGUCCGUGACAGUACCUUGGGCUCCUCUAAGGAAAGGUGGGGUAUAAAUGUUGUUGUAGUAGUAGUAAUAGUAAUAGUAAUAGUAAUAGUAAUAGUGAGUUGACCUUUGGUCUGCCUCCUUUCAUUUCUAGGUGAUUGAAGACGGUGUCACCAUAACCAAAACGGUCAUCUGUUCCACGGUCAAUGUAGCCAAGGAUGCUGCUUCUGGGGCCAAGCAACUCUGGUCGAACAGAGUAUCUGAAGCUGUCGAUCUCACCAAGGACAUUGUCCAGGACAGUGUCAACUUGACCAAAUCGGUGGUGAGCUCCACCGUCAACACCGCAGUGAACGCCGCGAACGAGGCGAAGGAGCUCGUCACUCAUAGGGUGGCCGACGUCGUCAACCUGGGCAAGGAGACGGCCCAGGACAGCGUGGACUUGACCAAGUCGGUGGUCAAUACCGCCCUCCAAGCUGCCCAAGAGACGAGGGAACUUGUGGCUGGCCAAGUCAUGACCUGCGGGCCUGUCCAGGAAGGCAUUGAGAUGACCAGCCUCUUGAAGCAGGCACUGAGCAGCGGUGUGGACGUCAUGUUGGGGAAGACAGAGGAUAUGGUGGACUACUACCUGCCCAUGACUGAUGAGGAGCUAGGUGAGAAUGGGCUUUGGGUGCUCUGCAGAAUUGGCUGACACUUUGGGAACUGUAGUUUGGUCAGGAUCAUGGGGGCUUCCAACAGCUCUCAGCACCUUGACAAACUACACCUCCCAUAAUUCAGUGGAGUUAGCCAUGUGAUCUCCUCGUGCUUUAGAUGUAUGGUGUGAGCAUAGCCCAAGCCAUCGCCAGGUUUUAUUGCUCAGCCAAAUAUAGGUUAUAGCCAUGAACAAACAAAACAAAGCCAAGCAGGUCUCAAAUACAUAUUAAAGCACAUACAGUGGUGCCUCGCAAGAUGAAAAGAAUCCGUUCUGUGAGUCUCUUCGUCUAGCGGUUUUCUUGUCUUGCGAAGCAAGCCCAUUGACGGAUUAGCGGAUUAGCGCUAUUAGCGCUAUUAGCGGCUUUUAGCGGCUUUUAGCGGCUUAUCGGCUUAGUGGAUAAGCGGAUAAGCGGCUUAGCGGCUUAGAAAAAGGGGGGGGGAGGGAAAAAAACCUGCAGGAACUCGCAAGACAUUUUCGUCUUGCGAAGCAAGCCCAUAGGAGAUUCGUUUUGCGAAGCACCUCCAAAACGGAAAACUCUUUCGUCUAGCGAGUUUUCCGUCUUGCGAGGCAUUCGUCUUGCGGGGCACCACUGUAUGAUUAAAACAUUAUAAAACACUUCACCAAUGGUGGAAAAGUCAGGGAACAAGACUCUAGGGCUUUCCUGAGUUGAGAGGCUUUUAGUGCAAACUUCGCUGUGUUGAACAUAAAAGGUUUGUUUGAGCUAGACAGCAAGUAAUUGAUUUUUUUAAUUUUACAUAUUUUUUAAUUAAAGAUUUCUUGGUUUACAACAGGUAAUUGAUUUUAUCGAUGUCACUAAAGGUGGCAGUUGACUGGAGGGGUUUCUUUAAUUAUUUAGCCCUUGGAAUGGUGGUUUUAGGCCUUGGCCGGUAUUCUAUAGUCUUACCUGUGAGUUGGGGGCAGCAUAUUGAUGCACCCCCAUGUGGCGGCGUUUGCAGGGCCCGUUAAAGGGUUGAUUGCGGGAGCCCUACAGUGGCGGCACAUAGGUCAAACUCCCGGCUAGGUGAAGUGGGACGGCACGCUGGGUAAGUCAACACUUUACAGUCCCCUCCCACAACACCUGAUUGCCCUGCGUACCCUCAGCCCCUGUCAGGUAUGAGAGGGAUACCUUCCAAGGCCUAAGCCAAGCUUCCUACACCUGAAAUUAAAUAAAGUUAUGGCCGAAUUUAAACACAUACAUUGUUGUCAUGUCUCUUCUCUUGGCGGUGGGGUAGGCUCCAGGGACAGGGUUUAGCGCCUGGGCUCGCAAACAAAGUCAUGGAGAAUGAGAAGUGGCCAAAACGAGUCAUGAUGGCUGUACUCUGGUUCCACAACUGCAGUAAUGUUUCUACACAGCAGUUGCUUAUGGAGCCAAAAUGGUACCUCUCACACACACAAAAGGAUGGGUAUUAGCAGACUUGAGGGGGACCCCCAAGUUCUGCAGAACAUAGAAUUGUGGAGUUGGAAGGGCCCCAGGAUUCAUCCGGUCCAACCCCCCUGCAAUGUACAAAUAAUAUUUUUGGGGGGAUGAAGCCCCCCAGCCUUCCAGAUUUGCCCAUCUUUCCCACCAUGCUGAUGUCUAUCUGUUCGUAUUUGUCGCAGCCAAGCUGGCCACGGAGGUCCGAGGUUUUGGAGAGGCCUUGGAAGAGCAGAGGAAGCAGCAGAGUUACUUCGUCCGCCUGGGGUCGCUCUCGAGCAAAGUCCGCCGUCGCGCUUACCUGCAUUCCCUGGACAAGCUGCGUCUCGUCAGGGAGAACACUCAGGAUACGCUUUCUCAGCUGCAGCUGGUGAUCAGCCUGGUGAGUACAUAGCAGACACGACCCAACGGCCUUCACGCCAUUGUACCGCCGUUCUCCGUUUUCUCCCUCUUCCACAACACUACAUCCAUCAAUACCUUAUUGCGGUCCAAAGACCCACAAAACAAUUUCAAAACUAGAUACAGUGGUACUUCGGGUGAAGAACCUAAUUCGUUCCGGAGAUCCGUUCUUAACCUGAAACUGUUCUUAACCUGAGGCACCACUUUAGCUAAUGGGGCCGCCCACUGUCGCUGCGCAGUUUCUGACACACAUUGCAUUAAAAGUUUCCGCUUUUAUUGUUGACAUCCAUUUUAGCUCCCCUCCAUGUUUUUGCAUGGUUUCAUAAUCUGGUUUUAUCUCACACUUAGAGAGAGAAGCAGUGUAAAAAUACAAAAGUUAAUAUCUUCCGUUGUCAGCAUCCCUUGACCCCCCCCUCCACGUCCUCCCAUUCUGACUUCUUGCGCCCCACUUGCCUCCGCAGGUUGAAGCCGCGCAGCAAGGCAUAGGGAAGCGGCUCCAAGAGGCUCAGGAGAAGCUGAGCCAGGUCUUGCUCGAGUGGACGCAGGCACAGCCGGAGGAGAGGCAGGCCGCGGCCGGAGGCCCACAGCCAGAGGUACCUCUCGUCUCUGUAUCGCAGCAGUGACAAAGAAGACGCUUCAAAAGCUGCUGUUGUUUUUUUUAAAUUGAGGGGAACUACAAGUUAAUCGCGCUCAUCAACUGCAGCGGGUCUACUCUAAGUAGUAUGCAGUUGGAUAUAACCUUAUACAGUGGUGCCCCGCAAGACGAAUGCCUCGCAAGACGGAAAACCCGCUAGACGAAAGGGUUUUCCGUUUUUUGAGUUGCUUCGCAGGACGAAUUUCCCUAUGGGCUUGCUUCGCAAGACGAAAAUGUCUUGCGAGUCUUGAGAUUUUUUUUCCGCUCCCCCCCCUUUAUCUAAGCCACUAAGCCUUUAAUAGCCUUUUAGCAGCUAAUCCGCUAAGCCGAUAAGCCUUUAAUAGUCGCUAAACUGCUAAUAGCGCUAAUCCGUUAAGCCGCUAAUAGGGUUGCUUCGCAAGACGAAAAAACCGCUAGACGAAGACACUCGCGGAACGGAUUAAUUUCGUCUUGCGAGGCUCCACUGUAUUUGAAUUGCACGAACAGCAAAGGGCUCUGUAAGCCACUCCCCCAUGUUGUGAACAGCAAGAGGCUCUUUAAGCCACUCCCCCAUGAUGCGAACAGCAAAGGGCUCUUUAAGCCACUCCCCCAUGGUGUGAGCAGCAAGAGGCUCUUUAAGCCACUCCCCCACGAUGCGAACAGCAAAGGGCUCUUUAAGCCACUCUCCCAUGGUGCGAACAGCAAGGGGCUCUUUAAGCCACUCCCCCAUGGUGCGAACAGCAAAGGGCUCUUUAAGCCACUCCCCAUGGUGUGAACAGCAAGAGGCUCUUUAAGCCACUCCCCCACGAUGCGAACAGCAACGGGCUCUUUAAGCCACUCCCCCAUGGUGCGAACAGCAAGGGGCUCUUUAAGCCACUCCCCCAUGGUGCGAACAGCAAAGGGCUCUUUAAGCCACUCCCCCAUGAUGCAAACAGCAAAGGGCUCUUUUAGCAACCUCCCCUCUGUGAUUGUGUUGUUUUGCCCUGGCAGGUUGAAUCAGGUACCCUGGCUAUGCUUCGCUUUGUCACCCAGGACCUUGGGCCGGUCUACGCUCACUUGGCAUCCACCGUCGAAGGCCUGCCCAGCAACCUCCGCGAGAGGGUGGCCCAAGCCCGCGGCAACGUCCGCCAGCUUCACUCUUCUUUCGCCUCGGUCUCGUCCUUCCAGGACUUGUCCUCCAGCCUCCUGGCCCAGAGCCGGGACAAAAUCGCCCAGGCGCAAGAGACCCUGGAGACGCUGGUGGACCACAUCGUCCAAAAUACGCCCUUGAACUGGAUCGUGGGGCCCUUCCGGCCGUCGGCAGGCGCCGAGAUGGAGACGGAGAGCCAGGAGAUGGAAAGUUUGGCCCCGGAGGAGCCCAUGGAUGAGGGCGAGGCCCUAGAGGAGAGGGAGACGGUAUCCAAACCGGCGAAGGUCGCAGUCAAAUCAGCAAAGAAAAAGGCAGAAAGCGAGGGGGAAGGAAGUCCGGAGUCUGGUGUGGUCAGGAAAGCAAAGAAAGAGAUGAACGAGGGAGAGGAGAUGAAGAAGAAGCCUAGCAAGAGCACUCUGAAUCAGCUCUCCGGUGCUGCUGAGAAGCAGGCAUAA